AUGCAGGCAAACAAGACAACCAAAAUCGACGAAUUCGUCAAGAACCAAAUUUCUCUUUACGCCACUACGAAGUACCCAAGACCUUCUCUUUCGCAAACAGCUUCCUGGGCUUCGAAAGAAUUCCGGGUCAAGCUUUCAAACGCUGAUGUCCUGAAAAUAGUCAAAAAACACAAGGCAGCAUUGAACUCUCCAAGAAUCAUCAACAGGAAGAAUGCGUCCCCUCACCUCAUCGCUUUCCACAAAGACCUCGAAAAGCGCUCUGCCACGAUGCUCGACAAGGAAGAUGUCAUCGGCCUUGCAGAGCGCCUUCGGCAUUCGAGAAAGUACAGAAACAUCAGAGUCGUGCAAAUGCUCGAGUUUACGCGACAAUGGUGGAGGGACUUCCAAGCAGAGGCAAACGUCGGUCGACCAGAAUUCUCGAUCAAGAAGAAAGAGAUCAUCCCGCCUUCAAGAGAAGAUAUGAUCAAGAAGAUCUUCGAAGAGCUUGCUCGGGAUCCCUUCAAAUAUCUUCGAUGCUGA